GUUAAAACCCCCAAUAACGGACUCAAUUUCCCCUUUUUACACACACACACACACACAUACAAUUCGAGAUUUUAGGGUUUCAGUAAGCUCAAAUUCUCUAAAUUCAAGCGUGUAAUAUACGUUUCUGCAGCUUAAUUUCUCGAUUUUGAUCUGUUUAUGUGUAUAGAUAUCUGUAAUUUGUUCAAUUUUCGGUUUCGGAAACCCUAGUUUCGGUUUGAAGGUUUUGUGGUUGGAGAUCUGGUUCGGAUUCGUAACGGAAGAUCUGAAUUGAUUCGAUUUUGAUGGAGCAUGUGGAGGAUCAUGAUUGUGUCUAUAUAUGUGUGUAAUUUGUUGAGUUUUUGAUUUCGGAAACCCUAGUUUUACUGUUUGAAGGUUUUGUGUUCGGAGAUCUGGUUGAAUUGAUUUGAUUUUGAUGGAGGAUCAUGUGGAGGAUGAUUUGCAGAAGGCGUUACGGAUGAGCAUGCAGUAUGAACCGCCGGAGCCGAAGAGGAGCAAAGACAGUCCGAUGGAGGAGUCGCCGGAGGUGAAGAAUAGGAGGUUGCAGCGGGAGUUGAUGGCGGCUGCGGCUGAGAAGCGGAUGGCGGCAUCGGCAUCGGCUGCUGUGGCGAAGAGUGGUGGUAGUAGUAGUGGUAGUGUGGCGAAGAGUGUUUGUUUGGGAGGUUCGGAAGUGAAGUCGGAGAAGGUGGAUGAGUGUGAGCCGAUGGUGAAGGAGGAGAAGAGUUCGGGGGAGGAGUUGGCGUUGGAGCAGGCGCAUCAGCUGUUUUCGAUGGUGUUUGGGAAUGAAGUUUCGAAAGGAAUACUUGCACAGUGGAGUAAUCAGGGGAUUAGAUUUAGUCCUGAUGAAGAAACAUCAAUGGGAUUAGUUCAGCAUGAAGGUGGGCCGUGUGGUGUAUUAGCGGCUAUACAAGCGUUUGUUCUUAAAUAUCUCCUGUUUUUCCCACAAGAAUUAGUUAAAGAUGGAUCAAAGACACCAAUAAUAUCCGUUUCAAAAAGAUUGCAAGAAACUCAAGAUUCUGCAACAAAUAUCUUUGGAUCCCUAACAGAAGAAACUAAAUCGAGGGCUUUGGUCAGAAGCAUGGGUGAAAUAUUGUUUUUGUGUGGAAAUAAUAAUAGUGCAACAAUUGCAUCUCUUAAAGUUCUCGACCAUGAGAUUGAGGGUAAAGAUCAAAGCACAAAAGAUGAGAUUGUUGCAAGAUCUCUAGAUGGGCUUUCAAUUGAAUCAGGUGGGGACCUUCAGAAAGCUUUGAAAGUUACCACCUUUACAUCUCUUUCUAGUGCAAUGCAAAGGCUUGAAGAAAUCAUUCCAAUUUUUAGAAGUCGUAUGGGGGCAUUAUUGUUCCUAUUAUCUGCUUUGCUUUCUCGGGGACUGGAAACCGUUCAAGCUGAUAGAGACGACCCCACACAACCAUUAGUUACUGCCCCGUUUGGGCACGCUUCACAGGAAAUUGUUAACCUGCUGCUUUCCGGGAUGGCCGUAGCUAACGUUUUCGACGGUAAAAUGGACUUAGGUGGUGGGAUGUUCGUCAAAGGUAUAUUAACACCCGUAGAAGUUGGUUUCCUCACAUUACUAGAAUCCUUAAACUUUUGCAAAGUCGGUCAAUCCUUAAAAUCUCCAAAAUGGCCAAUCUGGGUAAUCGGUAGCGAAUCACAUUACACCGUUUUAUUCGCUCUAGACCCACGAGUACAAGAAGAAAACGAAUUCGAGAGUCGAGAAACAACGAUCCGUAGAGCAUUCGAUGCACAAGAUCAAAGUGGCGGUGGCGGUUUCAUAAGUGUAGAAGGAUUCCAUCAAGUUUUGAAAGACGCAAAUGUCAACCUCCCGGCUGACAAAGUCAACAAUCUUUGUAGUUCCGGGUUUAUCGUGUGGAGCGAGUUUUGGCAAGUGCUUUUGGAUCUAGAUAAAAGUUUAGGUGGGUUAAAGGAUUCAACGGGUCUAAUGGGUAAAAAGGUAUUCGACCUUUAUCAUUUCAACGGGAUUGCAAAAUCGGUUUUGGGUGGUUCGGGUGGUGAGACACCGGUUCAGAGACCACGGUUAACAAAGUUGCGGGUUUCGGUUCCACCGCGGUGGACCCCAGAAGAGUUUAUGGCUAAUGUAUCCCUACCAGGCUCUAGCUCCGGCUCAGGUGGUGGCGACGGUUCGGGAACCAAAGAUGCGAUGGCUGAAGUGUCUAAACCUGAGCCGGCUCAACAUGCUCCUUUAGUGGAUUGUAUCAGGACUCGGUGGGCUCGGGCCGUGUGUAACUGGGAAGGUGACCCACCUAGCAUUGUUUGACCCAUAUGGUUCCGUAAUUAUGUCGGCGGGUUUAGAUUUUACUACUUGAAAGAAAUCAGACACAGAUACAUACAUGUGGGUCGGGUCAGCUGGGGUGAUUGUUUGGUUGCAUUCGACUAUUUGUUUAGAGGAAACCUGAGGCUGAAGAUGCUUUGUUUACUUGUACCUUGUGCAUUGGAAGUUGUACGCUGCUUCGGGUUUGAGAAGUACUCUUUUAAUCUUUUUUUUUUUCAAACUCAAGAUUUCAUGAAUUCUGGUCUUUUUUUUCUUGUUGGUAGUUUGAAUUAUUUAUUUUCAGAACUUUUUGUUUUAAUUUUAAUUUUAUUUUUUUUUGCGUUUUAGCUGUCGGACUUUUUGUAAACAGUCUGUCAUUGCUUGUUUUCAAAUUCUUGUCCAUGAUUUGCUAAUAGUUGUUUACAUAAAAUGGGUCAAUUUAGAUCG